CCCCACCCUCGUUUAUCCUCCACCCGCCGCCACCGCCUCCAUCCACAUCGGCCGUAGCCGACGCCUCCAUCCACAUCCGCCGCUGACGCUGCUCGCCCGGCGGCUCCAUCCUACGUCGACUCUCCUCGACACGAAGGCCAGCCCGGCGGUCUCCCCCCUCCCCCCAUCGUGUGCUGCCUCAAUCCCUACCGUCGCUGGACGCCCCUCCUCCGCAGGCCUCUUCCCCGGCGCCACAACCGGCAUUAUCUCCGUCUUUACAGAUGAUUCUUUGGAUUCCUCACCAUGGCUGUACGCAAGAAGACGGAGAAAGCCUGCAUUGUAGUUUCUGUCAGCGUAUACUAACCUAGAACGGCGGCGAAGGCGAUGGUGAGGGAGGACAGGAAGCGGAGGCAGCCCGACGAUGAGGCGGCGGACGAGGACGAGAGGAGGGGGCGGAGGGAUAAGAGGCCCAAGGAGGAGAAGUCGGCGCCGCCACUGCCGUCGGAGAUCAGGAACAAGGAGAAGCGCAGCGAGGUGUACGCCAAGCUCAAGCGCGAGAAGAAGGCCCAGAAGCGCAGGCUAGGUCGUGAGCGUGGCCAGGCCGCCCAGCGUGCCGCCGAGCUCGGCGAGGAGGUGCCGGAGAAGCAGGUGCCCCGGACGAUCGAGAACACAAGGGAGCCCGACGAGACCGUUUGCCGGCCUGACGACCAGGAGCUGUUUGCAGGGAAUGAUGCUGAUGAGUUCAAUGCAGUGCUUAAACAAGUAGUAACCCCGAAAGUAUUGAUCACCACAUGCCGCUUCAAUUCAGGCAGGGGACCUGCUUUUAUUAAGGAGUUAAUGCAAGUGAUUCCAAAUGCUCAAUAUGUUAAUAGAGGAACUUAUGACCUCAAGAAAAUUGUGGAAUAUGCAAAUAACAGAGAGUUCACUUCAGUCAUGGUUGUCCACACAAAUCGAAGGGAACCUGAUGCGCUGCUGAUCAUCAACCUACCUGAGGGCCCUACUGCACAUUUUAAGCUAUCCAAGCUCGUUCUGCGGAAGGAUAUAAAGAACCAUGGGAACCCUACAAGUCAUAAGCCAGAGUUGGUGUUGAACAAUUUCACUACGCGGCUUGGUCAUCGUGUUGGGAGGAUGAUACAAUCUCUUUUCCCUCAAGACCCAAAUUUCCGCGGCCGACGAGUUGUGACCUUCCAUAACCAGCGAGACUAUAUAUUCUUCCGUCAUCACAGGUACAUCUUUGAGGAGAAAGAAAAGAAAAUUGUUUCAAAGGACAAGAAAUCGAAGGGUGAAACCAAAACCGAGAAGCAAGUGAACUGUCGCCUUCAGGAAUGCGGCCCUCGCUUCACACUCAAGCUGCUCACAUUGCAACACGGGACCUUCGACACGAAAAGCGGGGAGUACGAGUGGGUUCACAAGCCUGACCUGGACACGAGCAGGAGAAGGUUUUUCCUGUGAUUUGGCCCUGUGCUUUACCCACACACACGAAAAAAGUAACCUGUAGUAAGACGGAUAAUUGACUUCUAAAAGUUGAAUUAACCAGUUAAUAUGUCCCUAGAAAUAGGACAUACCUAACCUGCCUGAUAACAAGGGGUAAUGCUUAUUUUUGUUUCUCCAUGUUGACUCAGGAGUUUCUAACAGUGUGACUGUGUUUCCUCCCUUCUCAUGAUAUUCUUGCAGUGCAUCUAGCUUUCUCGUU